AUGGACCUUGAUUCCCUCGACUUCGACAAGGUCGCUGACGAAAGGGUGGCCGGAUCUGACGCUGAUGAUGUCUAUGACGAGGAGGAAACGGCAAAGAGUAAGAAACAGAAGUCCAAGCUCAAGCCCAUCAAGACGAUGGGUGUCACGAACGAGACGGCUGAGCUCCGGAAGAAGUUCAAAGAACUUUGGAUCCGGAGGCGCAAAGCCUGGGAAAGCAAGUUUUUGGUUGGCAGUUGCUUGCCCAAAGACUUUGUGUACCCUACUGCUGCCUCCGAGAAGAUGGCCAAGCAGUCAUGGGUACUGGGGACAAAGAAGGGGUGCGGAUGCUUACCAUGCAAUAAGGCAAAUACUAUGAGCGAAUGGGCAUUGGGAACUGCUGGUCUAGUGGACAAGUUUCGCGCGUGGUACUUGACCAAGCACCAAGAAUCGCAACAACAUGUGGCGGCUUGCAAGAAGUUCCUUGGCAUUAGCGAAAGUUAUGAAUGUGGCCCUUCCCUCUCCGAGUUUGAGGACCUGUCCAAGAAGCUGCAGCAAGGAUCGCGGUAUGAGGGACCGACUCCUGAGCUGGAUACAGACCUUUAUCAACACAUCAGAGAGUCUAUUGAAGUGGUUCUCUCUGAUUCCGCGGCAAAUGAGAUUGCGGCUAGCAAUGUGAACCGCGGGCGUCGCGCCCUUCAGAUUGAAAGUGAUACUGCAGAUGCACUCUUGCCCAAUCUGAAGUUAGCGAAACACCGUUUUGAAUCCCACACUACUCCAUUGUGCCGGCUUCUGAGCAACCUGCCUGCUGUGAUUGCCGUGGCACAGCGAAUAAUCCAGCAGCGGCAUGAUGCCACAGGUGCCUCCAUCAGAAAUUGGUUGAACUCACUGACUUCUGAGCAUGUGCUGCAGCUCAGCAUGUUGGCAGACUGCACUGACGAGGCUCUGGUCCUCCUCAGGCUUGUCGAUGACGAGCAAUGCGACAGUGCUGAAUUGGGAAAUUAUGUCCAAGGCUUUGCAGACCGGAUCCAAGCUUUGAUCCUCAACAAGCUGAUUCUGGACACCGGCUACACCAAAUUUACCUUAGACAUGCUAUCGGAAGGCAAGGUUGCUUUCUUCGCUUCCGGUGAUGCUCGACGGCUCAGACCUUGUGAUCAAGAGAUGACGGACCGAUGCUUGGACCACAUGAAGGUCUUCUCGCUGACGAGCUCUUUGGCCAAGACAAGAACAUUCUUCCAGAGUGCUGAGAAUGAGAGCAUUGACAGAGUGGCCAGCUUCUUCAAUGUGAGCUCCGGUGGACUGAAGGAUCAACUGGAUCGGCUCCGACCUUUAGCCCAGAAGCAUUGCAAAGAAAGCCAUUCCAGCGCGAAAGAUGCUUGGGUAGCCACCAUGUUGGCUACUCAAAACAGGGGAUCAAUGAAGGAGUCUUACCCCAUCUCAGACCUGGCCCCAGUGAUGUACCGAUACCUUGCUUGGCAGGCAUCCACGAGUGGGGUUGAGCAGAACUUUGCAAAGUCCGAGAGAAUGAAGACGUGCGGACAAACACCUGCAUCCGCAGAAUUUGAAGACCGGGCCUUGCGAAUGUUACUUUGCAAAACAAGCCAGGUGGACAUGAAUGAUACAGUGAAGAAGGCUCUGCAGCUGUACAGUCGAUGCCAUGUGGGCACCACCCGCACGCAUGUGAAAAAGAGAGUCGACAAGUCAGUGAAGCGCCCUCCUGGACCUGACGAAGAUCCCCGCACAGAGGCUGGCUUCAAAAGACUGAGGCACAACCAGGUGAACGACGCUAUGCUUGGUUUGGAUGAUGCCUUGUCGUUGUCCUUUGACUUGGAUUUGAACCCAAGUCAAGAUAGCCAAGUGGCUGCUCUUUGGGGCGAGGGUCAUGAAAAAGAGUUUCAGUUUCAGAAAGGCAAGCAAACCCGGCGGGUCGUUGAGGGCUUCGGUGAUGGCCUGCUGGAUGAAUCAGAAAUUGAUGAAGCUGAUCUAGCCCUCGCCUUGGAAAAGGAGAAGAAGCAGGACAAAGAGCUGGUGCGUGGGAAUAAGUCGUUCAAUGAGAUGGCGUCCAAGAUGAAUGGCCCAAUGGAUUGGGACAUCCUGACUGGCCAAAAGAUUUGGGUGGAUUCGACCCUGCAGAACGAUCCUGAAGUAGAAGUCUCGCUGAUGAAACACAACUUAUUUGCAGUCACUGAACGCAAAGAAGCAACUCUUUUUGCAGUCCCUGACUGCACCACCUUGUCAGAACGCGUGAAGCUCUUUGCCGCUUUGUUUGGCCUCAGAGUCUUGGAUGGCUCACUUUUGCAAGGUAAGCCAGGCUUUCUUGUCAAGUUCAAGGCAUCCAUCAACACAAGGCAAAGGGUCUUCUUCAGCAGCCAGUUCCAUCAAAAACAUCCAGACUUUGAGGGCACAGUGAUGCGUGCUUUCAAUGUUCGAGGCAGCAAGUGGAAGCCGGCAGAUAACAGGUCCGAUGCCACUAUCAAGUUGGUCACCACGACUGAAGCUGCGCGGGCCAAGGUUGUUGGCGGGGAUGAUGCGGGGCAUCAUUGCAAGUCCUCUUUCUUGGAAAGUAUUUCCAAGAUGGACUUCAAGAACUCUGGUUACUACAAGCCGUAA